UCACUGAGCAUCAUCAUCAUCAUCAUCAUCAGACCCUCCUGGAGACUGGAGGAUGGGAAGGUCAGGGAUGGCUGGAGGUGUGCGGGAUAAAGGGGAGACGGGUUUCCUGAGCUGAGAGAGACAGAGAGAGAGAGAGAGAGAGAGAGCAGUGGAUGAUGAAGGACCGGAGUUUUGCGGAUGAACGAGGCAAACCAGCCACAUACACCGGCGACAAGAAGGCGAAGAUGGCCGCUCGGACCAACCAGCACUGGGUCAGGUUGGCUACAGUGUUCGCUUAUGUUUUGUCCGUGUCUCUGGCUGCCAUCAUCCUGGCUGUGUACUACAGUCUGAUCUGGAAGCCGACUGCUCCUGGAUCUUCCCCCAGGCGGCCCGUCAUUCCCGGCUGUGCGUCAGGGGCCAUUACUAAAGACGCGCAGAACACCAGCGCAGCCAGUGACGCUGACCUCUCACACACCAACAGCACGGACACACCAUCAUCAUCAUCACCAUCAUCAUCAUCAUCCUGGCUAGACCCAACAGACCCGAGCUGGAGGUCUUCAUCAGACGCGCCCCCGAGCCGCGCGCCCCCGAGCCGCGCGCCACCAGGCCACACACCAGCCGGGGAUCCUCUCACACUCCCGGUACGGACAUCACUGACUGAUGACAGCGCCGGCUCGGGGGGGGAUGGCGCGAAAGAAGAACAAGAAGAAAGAGAAGAAGAAGGAACAACAGCAGCAGCAGCAGUAGGAGAGAAGGUUCAUCUGACCGCGUCUCCACAUCCGCGCUCAUCUAAGGAGCGGGUUAGAGAGAAGAAACACGCGGCGCAUCCACGCAGGUUCACGCACAGGGACACGGAGGUAUCCCAGGGAGCUCGUGAGGACAGCAACGUGUGGACUUUUAAACACUGAGCGUGGGUCUGCCGCGAGCUGAAACUCAAUCCGGUUCCUGUAAGAAGAUAUUUACUGUAAAUAAGAUAGAGACUUUAGAGGAUUUAGUUUUGCAAAUCUGUUUAACUUAGAGAGAGAGAAUCCAGUACACUGUGCUUGUUAUGGCAUAUUAGAUGCUAUAAAUAUACUCUUUAAUUUUAAUCAUCAAGUGUUAAAUAGUUCUCAGUGAUUCAGUAAUAAUAAUAAUAAUAAUAAUGACUCUUUUCCCCCUAGACAAGCACAUUAUUACACAUUAAAUACAUUGUUCUCUUUAAGACAUUAUUUUAGGAAGUCUAACGGCCAAAACACUGUAUUGGUGCUGCUUUUAUUUUUUUAUUUAAUUUUUUUCACAAUAUACAUAUAAUACAGAAAGGAAGUUACUUCCGAAGUUUACACAGCAUGGAAGUGACCAAUUUGCUAACUUCUGCCAUCUUAGAGAGAUGAUUUUAUAUGUGGCCCAAAAAAAUGGCUAUUUUUUAGCAUUAUACUGUCUCGCUUUAAACAAUUUGAAUUUUAAAAAAUUCAAUUUAUUCAUAUUUAUUCAUGAGUAUUGAUACUAAAAUUGGUGUAAGCGCUAGAAGCAUAUGACCUGUGAAAAUUGUUGCUUAAACUGGUUUUUGGUAAAAGGUUAAAAAGCAAAAAAAAAUCUGUAGUUUCCAUAACUAUGUCAAAUUCAUGUAGCGAUAUCUUAACAAUUUUUUCAUUUUUUAGAAUAAUACACUUUGUUAGGUUCAUGUAUUUUCAUGUUAAAUCUAAAUUGGUCGAGUUUCAUUAGAAUGACAGUUAAAAUCGUUGAAAUAUUUAAAUUCAAAAAGUUCUGGACACUAAAACAUGCUGAAAUUGUAUUUAGCAAAUGUGUUUCUUUUUGAUCUGAUAAAAAUAUAAAUGUGUAUGAAUAUAUCCAAAAAAAUGAAGCAUGGACCAGGAGAAGCAUUAAGUAUUAUGAAAAAUUUUGACACUUUUUAGCACAGAUACCAUGUUUUGGCUUUAAGUAAUUACUUCCUGUAAUACGGAAAACAAAAGUACAGAAAUUCCUGCUAAAUAUUCUCAAUGAUUGAAUAAAUCCUAAUACACUGGUGAUGUGGAUGGAUUUGGGAUGAGCUGAAACUGAAUUGUUUUUUUUUUGUGAGAUUAUAUUUACUGUAUCUGGAUUUAUCUAUUUUUUUUGCAUAUCUAUAUAACUUAGAGAGAGAAUCCAGUACACUGUAAUUGUUAGAGCAUAUUAGAUGCUAUGAAUAUACUAUUUAUUCUCUAAGUGCCAAACCUUUUUAAGUGAUUGAGUAAUAACAACAACAACAACAACAAUAAUAAUACAAGCAUAUUACACCUAACACACUGUUCUUCUUAAAUCAUUUUUUUAAAAUCUCUAAGUGAUUACUUCCUGUAAUAAGAAAAAAGUAAAGAAAUACCUGUUAAACAUUCCCAAUCAUGGAUUCAAUUCUAACUGGGAACACUGGGAACCAAUUCAGCAUGGUGUCUUCUCUAACCCAACAGAGCGCAUCUCACCUCAUGAGAGUAAGAAAAUGUGUGUUAUACUGAUAUGUAUUAACCUCACGGACAUUAUUAUUAUUAUUAUUAUUAUUAUUAUUAUUAUAUAUAUUUUAGAAAAGGAGAUGAUAAGUAUAUUAUUAUGAUAUAUGACUAUUAUAUAUUACUAUUAUAUUAGUUUAAGAUAUUUUAUUUUCUUCCUCUAAAUCAGCCAUUUAGCUAACACACUUCAUCAGACCUGUAAAAAGAAAUAGUUUAUUAGAAAUGCAGGAGCUGAGUAGAAGAUGAGAAGAGUUAAAGCUUAUCUCAGUUGUGAAACAUAUAGAAAUUCUAAUUAAUAACAGGUGUGUAAUAAAUCAGUAUAUUACCAUAAUCAUGUUGUACAAUAUGUAAUUUAAUGGCCCAAAAAUGUGGCAAUAAAUCCCACCCAUUUUUGUGUUUUGUUAGCAACAUGCUAUGCAGCUUGGAUAAGUGAUGUAUAUUUUCUUUCUCAAACAGCGAACUGUAUAGUCAAUGUUCAUUUACAUAGAUUUUUACUCUGUCAAGAAAAUAUCACUUUAUAGGAAAUAAUGCAAAUAAUGUUUAUAAAAAUAUCCUUUAAAUGUCCCAAGAAAUAGGUAUGUUUUAAUGGAAUAAGUGGAUACGCCUUUCUGUGCAUUCCUUCGUGUG